AUGAGUCGCAAGGGAGACAGCGUAACCUCCGCCAUUUCUCGCCAUUCUCAUUCGACGAGAACAGCUUCGGCCGUUUCCUUGGGCCGACCGGCGAGAUAUCGCCAAUUUGAAAUCGACAGUGAUGAAAACGAAGAUGCCCCGGAUUCAGACCAUGAUGCUACACUGUCAGAUGGAGCCCCUUCCAGAAAUCCUCGAGGACCACAACCCGACACCGAGCCAGAAGAUACGGAACCUGAGGACCAAGCUGAGUUGACCGAUCAUGAAGAGGAAAGAGAGGUACCACUCAGCGCUUGGGUCCAUCUCAUGACAAAUCACUGUCGAGUGAAAUGUGUCGGGCCCACAACGAACAGCAAGCAAGAUAACAUCAUAUGUGGCAAGCUAAAGAGCAAGUGCCGACUCCGCCUCCACAAAGAACUUCGAAGCAGUGGCGAACGGGCAGCCCCACGUUGGUAUGAAGGAGUCCCAUCCACCAAGGACAUUGACAAGGAAACUGGGGAAUUUAUUAUCCAUGGUCAACAAUAUGGUCAGUGUCGGACCGAGAAGGAAAUGGACGAGCACCUCAACCGAGUCUCCACUGAGGUUCUCUCCAUCUCCGACGAAGAGGAAGAGCAUGAUGACACCGAUGUCAAUACUAGCGAAGUGGAUUCUGAGGGACAAUUCUUGGAUGGCUCAGACGACGACCACCAAGACGACCUUGACCGAAUCAAUGAACUGAUCGCUGAGAUCGAAGAGGCAAAGUUGAAGAAGCUGAAAGCGGAGAAGGCAAGACUGGAAGCAAAGAAGGCGGCAAGCCGGUCUCCUCGUAAGAAGAAGCGCACCCCAACCCAGAAGAAAACUAGGGCAACCUCCCAGAGGAAAGUUCCCAUCGCAAGAAAGAAGACACUGAAGGGAACAACGCCCAAACAAGUCACUAUUGAAGAAGGUAACAAUACUCUGAAGUCUCCCCCUCAGCUACCUACGACCGCCAGAAUACUCGAACCGGAGUUAGCGGCCGCUGAAACUCAGAACAAUCAGCCUAUCCUCCAAUCUGUCCUUGAAGCCAUCCAUCCCUACUUUGUAAAGCUUCAGGACUCAGCGGAUAAAAUGAGCAUCGCAGCCAGACGGAUGGAACAAGAACGAGAGGAAGCAAGAUUGCGAAUGUCCACUACCAACAUGGGACAGGAACAACCACAUCCUUCUGGUCCAACUCUGGUGGAGAGGACCAGACCAAUCAGUGCCAACCCCAUCCACCAUCCAGCAACAACGGCUCCAGCAGUAUCCCCUGAAGAACCCCUGAGGCCGGCUUUCCACCAGGCCACGAUCAAGAGCUACUAA